AGAGAUGGACGUGCUGGUGAGCCGCUCCACUUCGGUUCUGCGUUCAUUUCACUAACCGUUCACUAAAGCGUUCAAGAUCAUCAGCGCGUUUAAUAAAGGACGCAGUUCGACUCUUUCCAUCAUAGGAUCUCAAGCCAGCAGAAUGGCAGGCACGGUGAGCAGCUCCAGGGGCUGCGUGACGCUCCGUGGCGCUCAGAUCCGGGACCUGCUGGACGCGAAGCACAACGUGCUGUUCGACUGCGACGGCGUCAUCUGGAACGGCGAAACGGCCGUGACCGGGGCUCCGGAGGUGGUCAGUCUGCUCAAGCAGCGGGGCAAACGGGUGUUCUUCGUCACCAACAACUGCACCAGGCCGCGGGAGAACUACGUGCAGAAGUUCUGCCGCCUGGGCUUCACCGAUGUGGCGGAGGAGGAGAUCUUCAGCUCGGCGUACUGCUCCGCCGCGUACCUGCGCGAUGUGGCCCGGCUGCAGGGGAAGGUGUAUGUGAUCGGCUGCGGCGGGGUGAUGAAGGAGCUGCAGGACGCCGGGGUGCCCGUGGUGGAGGAGGAUAGUGCCGCCGACCGGGAGCCGGGCACCAGCAUCUACAACUGCCCUCUGGAUCCGGAUGUGAAGGCUGUGCUGGUGGGAUAUGACGAGAACUUCACCUUCAUGAAGCUGGCCAAAGCCUGCUGCUACCUGAGGAACUCUGAGUGCCUGUUCUUGGCCACCGAUCCGGAUCCCUGGCACCCGCUGAGAGGAGGCAGGAUCACCCCGGGUUCUGGGAGUCUCACGGCCGCUCUGGAAACGGCCAGCAGCAGGAAGGCCACGGUCAUCGGGAAGCCCAGCCGCUUCAUGUAUGAAUGCAUCGCUAGUCAGUUUGACCUGGAUCCGGCGCGCUCACUGAUGAUCGGCGACCGCUUGGAGACGGACAUUCUGUUCGGCAGCAACUGUGGGCUUUCCACCGUCCUCACGCUCACGGGCGUCUCCACGCUGGAGGAGGCACACAGAUACAGAGACAGCGAGGCACCGGAGCAGAAGGACUGUGUGCCCGAUUACGUGGUGGAGUCCGUGGCGGAUUUCCUGCAGGCGCUGGAGGAGUGACCACACAAACACCACCGCUGUAUUCGCAGUUUCAAUCCCGAUGCUGUUUCUCAACAUGUACGGUUAAGUGUCUCCACGGCCUGGUUAACGUCACCCCAUGAAUAGUCGCGUAUCUGUCAUGAAUCUGAUGACAUGGAUGUGUUUGAGACACCGGACACUCACCUUAAAUGUUCUGCUGAAGUGUGAGUAAAUGAUGACAGAGUUCUACGUAAAUAUACUAUUUCAAAAUA